UCAGUAUACGAAAAGCAAGAAUACGAAUCACGUCUAAGCAAACUAGCAAAGCGAAACAACACAACAAUACACAAUGGCACCAGCUAUUGGAAUUGAUUUGGGAACAACCUACUCCUGCGUUGGAGUAUGGCAGCAAGGCAAAGUCGAGAUCAUCGCCAACGAUCAAGGCAACAGAACGACACCAUCAUAUGUUGCUUUCACGGACAGCGAGCGGCUCAUCGGAGAUGCCGCUAAGAAUCAGGUGGCGAUGAAUCCCUCCAACACAGUCUUCGAUGCCAAGAGGCUUAUUGGUCGAAGGUUUGACGACUCAAAGAUCCAGAGCGAUAUGAAACACUGGCCGUUCAAAGUCGUCAGCGAUGGUGGCAAGCCGAAGAUCGAGGUCGAAUUCCGCGGUGAGAAGAAACGUUUUAAUCCAGAGGAAAUCAGCUCGAUGGUCCUGAUAAAGAUGAAGGAAACAGCUGAGGCAUACUUGGGACAAACGGUGAAAGACGCGGUUAUUACAGUACCCGCGUACUUCAACGAUUCGCAGCGUCAAGCCACCAAAGACGCUGGAGCGAUCGCCGGUUUGAAUGUGCUCAGGAUCAUAAACGAGCCGACGGCUGCGGCACUGGCGUAUGGCCUUGACAAGAACCUGAAAGGCGAGCGCAACGUGCUGAUCUUCGACCUAGGCGGUGGCACCUUCGACGUGUCCAUCCUCAGUAUCGAUGAAGGUUCUCUAUUUGAGGUGAAGGCCACAGCCGGCGACACCCACCUCGGCGGCGAAGACUUCGACAAUCGACUAGUGGACUUCCUUUGUAAAGAGUUCGAGCGCAAGUACAAGAAGAAUCUGAAAAGCAAUCCCAGGGCAAUAAGGCGUCUGCGUACGGCAGCGGAGAGAGCCAAGCGCACGCUGUCUUCCAGCACCGAAGCCAGCAUCGAAAUCGAUGCCUUGUUCGAUGGCAUCGACUACUACACCAAAGUCUCAAGGGCGCGCUUCGAAGAGCUGUGCGCUGAUUUGUUCCGCUCCACCCUGGAACCAGUUGAGAAGGCUCUCGCUGACGCCAAGUUGGACAAGCGAUCCAUCCAUGAUGUGGUCCUCGUCGGUGGCUCCACGCGCAUACCCAAAGUUCAGAGCAUGCUGCAGAACUUCUUCUGCGGCAAGCAGCUAAAUCUAUCUAUCAAUCCCGACGAGGCGGUCGCCUACGGAGCGGCCGUACAGGCGGCCAUUCUCAGCGGCGAGGGUAACAAGAGUUCUACCCUCCAAGAUGUGCUUCUGGUCGAUGUUGCCCCACUAUCUCUGGGCAUUGAAACUGCCGGUGACGUGAUGACCAACAUCAUCGAGCGCAACGCCCGCAUACCAUGCAAGCAGUCUCAGACCUUCACCACCUACGCUGAUAAUCAGCCGGCUGUCACCAUCCAGGUGUAUGAGGGUGAGCGCGCCAUGACCAAAGACAACAACCUGUUAGGUCGCUUCGAGCUUAGCGGUAUUGCCCCAGCGCCGCGCGGCGUGCCCAAAAUCGACGUUACCUUUGAUAUGGACGCCAAUGGAAUUUUGCACGUCACCGCCAAAGAUACGGCCAGCGGCCGCAGUAACAACAUCCGCAUCACCAACGAUAAGGGUCGCUUGUCCAAGGAAGAAAUCGAACGCAUGCUUAAUGAUGCUGAGAAGUACCGCGAACAGGAUUCCGAGCAGCGCGAAAAGGUCUCCGCCAGAAAUCAACUCGAGAGCUACGUCUUCACGGUUAAACAAGCUAUUCAGGAUAGUGGUGACAAGCUCAGUCAAGGGGAUAAGGACAUGGUCUUGAAUUUGUGCGAGGAUACCAUCCGCUGGCUCGACAAUAAUACUCUGGCUGAGAAAGACGAGUACAAGCACAAGUUCGACGAGGUACAGAGACAAUGUUCACCCAUCAUGACCAAGAUUCACACCGGUGGUGCACAAAACUGUGGUGAACAGUACAGACAAGGCGCUGGCGACAACCACUCUGGCCCAACUGUCGAGGAAGUUGACUAAACCAUUCAAUCUCUUGGCUUAGUAUGGAAAGCUUCCUAAGGUUUCAAUAUAAAGACGCUAGUUAUAGUAUUUACAUUCCUAAGAGACUGAAUGAUAAAUUAAUGGCACAUUAUUGUUUCAUUGAUAAUAAACCAACCAGUGUAAUUUAAACUAAUAACAUUUUCAUGUCAAGACUUGUUAACUUUGCUCCUUAAGUUUAUUUGAUUUUGACGGCUGAUGUGAAUUAUCGGUUUAACUUAAUUGACAAAUUGUGGAUCGCUACAAUUAACAAGUUUUGCUUACUAGUUUAAUUUACGUUCAGUAAAAUUAUCUUUAUUUUGGUUUUAGUAUGAAUGAUAGAUAAAAUUUAUUCUAAAUUGUGAUACUAGUUACAUAAAUAAAUUAUUUAUUUAUUUUAAAA